CCCGGUCGCAGCCCCGGCUUGCCGCCCUCGGCUCCUGUCCCACGCCGCCGAAAGCCGGCCAGCGCGCAGGGCCCAUGAGCGCCCGUCUGUAGCGCGCCAGCCUGCGGUGCCCCAAGCCCGAGCGCAGCCGCCAGGUCCCACCUGAGGUACCCUUGACCGUCCCUGCCCUCAUCCCACCCCGGAUCCCGGCAAUGCUAACCGCUGUCUGUGGCUCUCUGGGCAGCCAGCACACCGACGCGCCUCACGCAUCACCGCCGCGCCUCGACCUGCAGCCUCUCCAGACAUACCAGGGUCACACAAGCCCGGAGGCUGGGGACUACCCCUCCCCGCUGCAGCCAGGAGAGCUGCAGAGCCUCCCACUGGGCCCAGAGGUAGACUUCUCACAGGGCUAUGAGUUGCCAGGGGCCUCCUCGCGGGUAACCUGCGAGGACCUGGAAAGUGACAGUCCCUUGGCACCGGGACCCUUUUCCAAGCUCCUGCAGCCGGACAUGUCACACCACUACGAAUCGUGGUUCCGGCCGACUCACCCAGGUGCGGAGGAUGGCUCGUGGUGGGAUCUUCAUCCCGGCACCAGCUGGAUGGACCUCCCCCAUACUCAGGGAGCGCUGACCUCACCCGGCCAUCCGGGGGCACUUCAGCCUGCUUUGGGAGGAUACGUCGGGGACCACCAGCUCUGUGCUCCGCCGCCCCACCCGCACCCACACCAUCUCCUCCCAGCCGCUGGUGGGCAGCACCUCCUGGGGCCACCCGACGGGGCUAAGGCCUUGGAAGCGGCGGCACCAGAAUCCCAAGGGCUGGAUUCCGGGCUGGAUGCCACGGCGCGACCCAAAGGCUCCCGGCGAUCUGUGCCCCGCAGCUCAGGGCAGACCGUGUGUCGCUGCCCCAACUGCCUGGAGGCGGAGCGACUCGGGGCUCCAUGCGGGCCCGAUGGGGGCAAGAAGAAGCAUUUGCACAACUGCCACAUCCCAGGCUGCGGCAAGGCGUACGCUAAGACGUCGCAUCUGAAGGCGCACCUGCGGUGGCAUAGCGGUGACCGACCCUUCGUGUGCAACUGGCUUUUCUGCGGCAAGCGCUUCACGCGCUCCGACGAGCUGCAGCGCCACCUUCAGACCCACACGGGGACCAAGAAGUUCCCCUGUGCGGUCUGCAGCCGAGUCUUCAUGCGCAGCGACCACCUGGCCAAGCACAUGAAAACCCACGAAGGCGCCAAAGAGGAGGCUGCGGCGGCGGCCCAGGGCGAGGGCAAGGCCGGUGGCGUGGUGGAGUCACCCGGGGCCAAAGGCAAACGUGAGGCCGAAGGCAACUCGGCAUCCUCCAACUGAGCCCCAUGGAUGUCACAUCCUUGCUGUUCUUUAUAGGGGGCGGCCUGAGU